AAUCCGUCAACUGAAAAUUAGAAAAGGGUUAGAAUGCCCGUCUUCAAAUUUUUUUUUUUUUUUAUUUUUUCAAAUCUUUCAAGCUUUUAUCAAUGGCGGAAACCCCCAAAACCCACCAGGCAAUCAAGACCUAAAAAUUUACAGUAACCAAUUUUUUCCCUAGCAAUGUGAAAGCGCCUCCAUAUUUAUUUUCUACCUAAAAAUGUUGAAGCUCCUCUCCUUCUCUUCAUGCCGAAUCCACAGUAUAUUUCCUUCGGGUAUCCGAACUGGGUCAUCCGUGUCCAACGCUACAUUUCUCCAAGUUUCGAACUCGUUCUCUGUGUUCAGUCGAAAAACCCAAAAUCUGGUUCGCCGAGCUCUGUUUUGCUCGGACACGAGUGAUGGGUCCGAGCAGGUUAUGAAAUUCGAGGUCAAGGAGUCAGAAUCAGGAACCCAAUCGAAGUGUUCCUCUGCUUUCUUGCCCACCGACCCGAGAACUGAAGAUUAUCCAAAGGAGCUUGGAUGGGAGGCAGAUGACAGAACAGAACUUUCUGUGUCCAUUCUUACAAGUCCAACAUCAAACUCAUUUGGGAUUCCACUUGCCAUAGAACUCAUCGAAAAGCAACACUGGUUGGAACUCAAAACCCAUAUAACUGACUCGAAUGCCACCACACUUCUUCAGCAAUUGUUUGACUCAGAAGCAGAUCCUAUAAUCAUUCUCAGGUACUUCAACUGGUCACAGAAACAGUUUAAUAUUUCAUACACUCUUGAACUCACUUGUAGACUCUUACACUCAUUAGCCAGUGUCAAAAAGUACUCAAAGAUUAGAUCUUUCUUAGAUGGGUUUGUUAAGAAGAAUGAGAAUCAUUCAAAUUCUUCAUUUUUUCACAUGCUUUCGAUGUGUAGCAACCACUUUUGCUCAAAUUCUAUAAUUAUUGAUAUGUUGCUGUUGGCAUACGUACAAAAUUCGAAAAUCCAUAUGGCAAUUGAAGUAUUUGACCGAGCUGGUGAUUAUGGGUUUAAGCUGUCUGCAUUAUCAUGUAAUCCUUUGCUAUAUGCUUUGGUAAAGGUGAAAAAAGUUGAGCGUGUAGAAUAUUUGUACAAGGAGAUGAUUAAGAGGAGGAUUGAGGUUAACUUGUUCACCUUCAACAUUGUGAUUAAUGGGUUGUGUAAGGUUGGGAAAUUGAAUAAGGCAAGGGAUGUUAUUGAAGACUUGAAAGCAUGGGGUAUCUCACCAAAUGUAGUUACAUAUAAUACUCUGAUUGAUGGGUAUUGCAAAAUGGGCAAGGUGGGAAAAAUGAAUAAAGCUAAUGCCAUUUUGAAGGAAAUGGUUGAAAGUAAGAUUUGUCCGAAUGAGAUUACUUAUAACAUAUUAAUUGAUGGCUUUUGUAAAGAUGAGAAUGUGUCAGCUGCAAUGAAGGUGUUUCAGGAAAUGCGGAGGCAGGAUCUAAAACCCAGUGUGAUUACAUAUAAUACAUUGGUUAAUGGGUUAUGCAAUGACGGGAAGCUUGAUGAGGCUUGUGGCUUGCGAGAUGAAAUGCUUAGCUUGGGUUUGAAGCCAGACAUUGUAACUUACAAUGCCCUUAUAAAUGGAUUUUGUAAGAAGAAGAAAGUAAGGGAAACUAGAGAACUGGUUGAUGAUAUUAGAAAUCGAGGUUUAGUUCCCAAUGUUAUUACAUAUAAUACUCUUAUUGAUGCAUACUGUAAGGAUCAAAUGAUGGAGAAAGCAUUCGAUUUGCAUCGUGUAAUGUUGGAAAGUGGAAUUUCCCCUACAGGUUCAACCUAUAACUGCUUAAUUGCUGGCCUGUGCAGACAGGGGAACAUGGAAGGGGCUCGAAAGCUUUUGGAAGAAAUGCAAGAUAAAGGCUUGAGAGCUGACGUUGUAACUUAUAAUAUAUUAAUAGAUGCAUUAUGCAGGAAAGGGGAGUCAAGAAAGGCAACAAGACUCUUGAAUGCAAUGUUCAGUAUGGGUUUGAGUCCAACUCACCUGACAUACAAUACAUUGAUGGAUGGCUACUGCAGGGAAGGAAACUUAAGGGCCGCACUGAAUGUUAGAUCACAGAUGGAAAAAGAUAGGAAAGUUGCAAAUAUAGUGACAUAUAAUGUUUUGAUCAACGGAUAUUGUAAGAAAGGCAAGCUCGAAGAAGCAAAUAGGCUUCUUAAUGAGUUGUUGGAAAGAGGCUUGGUCCCAAAUCAAAAUACUUACCAGGUUGUAAGAGAGGAAAUGGUGGAGAAGGGUUUCCUUCCUGAUAUUGAAGGACACCUCUAUAAUGUCCCAGGCAGCUCGUAGCCAUUGAAAUAUGAAAUUGAAGUGGUCUUUGUAUUACCGCGAUGAAUUUUCCUUUGUAAAAUAUGAAGAUUAUGAACUGAUGUAAAAAAAUAUUCAUAAGGUUCUUUACUUGAAAUAUGAGUAUAUACAAUAUAGUAUUGACUUACAAUUUUGUAUGUAACUCCAGGAUUUUGGAUGGGAUUUUAAUACAAUUGGAUUUAUUUGUUUUUACAA